GCUGCCCCCACCGCCAUGCGAGCCCUCGCCCCCUCUGUGAUGGCUUCCCUGCCUGAGGACCCCGGACCCGAUCUGGGGAGCAGACGGCCUUUCCUGAGGAUCAACAUUCUGCCUGUGGUGGAGAGAUGCAUGAGCGCCAUGCAGGCGGGGACGCAGAUGGUGAAGCUCCGUGGCGGCUCCAAGGGCCUGGUGCGCUUCUACUUCCUGGACGAGCACCGUUCCUGCAUCCGCUGGCGGCCCUCGCGCAAGAACGAGAAAGCCAAGAUCUCUAUCGACUCCAUCCAGGAGGUGAGUGAGGGCCGACAGUCAGAGAUCUUCCAACGCUACCCGGAUGGCAGCUUCGACCCCAACUGCUGCUUCAGCAUCUACCAUGGCGGCCAGCGUCAGUCCCUGGACCUGGUCUCGCCCAGCGGUGACGAGGCGCGCACCUGGGUCACGGGCCUUCGCUACCUCAUGGCCGGCAUCAGCGACGAGGACAGCCUGGCCCGCCGCCAGCGUACCAGGGACCAGUGGCUGAAGCAGACGUUUGACGAGGCCGACAAGAAUGGGGACGGCAGCCUGAGCAUCAGUGAGGUGCUGCAGCUGCUGCACAAGCUGAACGUGAACUUGCCUCGGCAGAGGGUGAAACAGAUGUUCAAGGAAGCGGACACGGAUGACCACCAGGGCACACUGGGCUUUGAGGAGUUCUGCGCCUUCUACAAGAUGAUGUCCACCCGGCGGGACCUGUACUUACUCAUGCUGACCUACAGCAACCACAAGGGCCCCCUGGACGCCAGCGACCUCCAGCGCUUCCUGGAAGUGGAGCAGAAGAUGAUGGGCGUGACGCUCGAGAGCUGCCAGAACAUUAUCGAGCAGUUUGAGCCCUGCCCCGAAAACAGGAGUAAAGGGAUGCUGGGCAUUGACGGCUUCACUAACUAUGCUCGGAGCCCCACCGGGGACAUCUUCAACCCGGAGCACCACGGCGUGCAUCAGGACAUGACGCAGCCGCUGACCCACUACUUCAUCGCCUCGUCCCACAACACCUACCUCGUGGGCGAUCAGCUCAUGUCCCAGUCACGGGUGGACAUGUACGCCUGGGUCCUGCAGGCUGGCUGCCGCUGUGUGGAGGUGGACUGCUGGGACGGGCCUGACGGGGAGCCCAUCGUGCACCAUGGCUACACUCUGACCUCCAAGAUCCUCUUCAAAGACGUCAUUGAAACCAUCAACAAAUACGCCUUCAUCAAGAAUGAGUACCCAGUGAUCCUGUCCAUCGAGAACCACUGCAGUGUCGUGCAGCAGCAGAAGAUGGCCCAGUAUCUGACCGACAUUCUCGGGGACAAGCUGGACUUAUCGUCAGUGAGCAGUGAGGACGCCACCCAGCUGCCCUCCCCGCAGAUGCUCAAGGGCAAGAUCCUGGUGAAAGGCAAAAAGCUCCCAGCCAACAUCAGCGAUGACGCAGAGGCGGGCGAGGUUUCCGACGAGGACAGCGCAGACGAGAUGGAUGAGGACUGCAAGCUGCUCAACGGGGAUGCCUCCACCAAUCGGAAGCACGUGGAAAACAUCGCCAAGAGGAAACUGGAUUCCCUAAUCAAGGAGUCAAAGAUUCGAGACUGCGAGGACCCCAACGACUUCACUGUGUCCACGUUGGGGAGACCUGGGCACAAGGCCGAGGGCAGAACGGCUGAGGAGGACAAGGAGUCCAGGGAGGACGCCGGGGCCAGCAGACGGAACAACAGGGUCCUCGUGGGCAGCUUCUCCAAGCGCAAGAAAAAGAGCAGCAAGCUGAAGAAGGUGGCCAGCGUGGAAGAGGCGGACGACGACCUGGACUCGCAUGGCAGCCAGGGCCGGGGGGCCACCCGGCAGAGGAAGACCAUGCAGCUGUCACGGGCCCUGUCGGACCUGGUGAAGUACACCAAGUCUGUGGGCUCCCACGACGUGGACACGGAGGUGGCGUCCAGCUGGCAGGUGUCGUCCUUCAGCGAGACCAGGGCCCAGCAGAUCCUGCAGCAGAAGCCGGCGCAGUACCUGCGCUUCAACCAGCACCAGCUGUCGCGCAUCUACCCGUCCUCCUAUCGCGUGGACUCGAGCAACUACAACCCACAGCCCUUCUGGAGUGCUGGCUGCCAGCUGGUUGCCCUGAACUACCAGACGGAGGGGCGGAUGCUGCAACUGAACCGGGCCAAGUUCAGCGCCAACGGCAACUGUGGCUACGUGCUCAAGCCCCCAUGCAUGUGCCACGCCAUCUUCAACCCCAACUCCGAAGACCCCCUGCCUGCGCAGCUCAAGAAGCAGCUGGUGCUUCGGAUCAUCAGUGGGCAGCAGCUCCCUAAGCCCCGGGACUCGAUGCUGGGGGACCGAGGGGAGAUCAUCGACCCCUUCGUGGAGGUGGAAGUCAUUGGGCUCCCCGUGGACUGCUGCAAGGAGCAGACCCGCGUGGUGGACGACAACGGAUUCAACCCCAUGUGGGAGGAGACGCUGGUGUUCACAGUGCACAUGCCCGAGAUCGCCCUGGUGCGCUUCCUUGUCUGGGACCACGACCCCAUCGGGCGAGACUUCAUCGGCCAGAGGACACUGGCCUUCAGCAGCAUGAUGCCAGGCUAUCGGCACGUGUACCUGGAGGGGAUGGAAGAAGCCUCUAUCUUUGUCCACGUGGCCAUCAGUGACAUUAGUGGUAAGGUCAAGCAGGCUCUCGGCCUAAAAGGCCUGUUCCUCCGAGGCCCAAAGCCCGGCUCUCUGGACAGUCAUGCUGCUGGGCGGCCCCUGCCCCGGCCCUCUGUUAGCCAGAGGCUCCUGAGGCGCACAGCCAGCGCCCCGACCAAGAGCCAGAAGCCCAGCGCCAAGGCCUUCCCGGAGCUGGCCCUGGGCACGCAGGACGCGGGCUCCGAAGGGGAGGCCAGCGACGUGGCACCCCCCAGCCCCGGCCCCGCUCCGGAGGCCCUGGCCUGGGAGGAGCCUGGAGGCUGCAGCCCCCGAGACACCUGCCCCUUCUCCAUGCAGAGGUCGGUCUCCCCCCUGUGCAGCCUGGAAACCAUUGCAGAGGAGCCAGCCGUGGGCCUGGGCCCCACCCCUCAGCAGGCUGCCCCGCCCGGCCCCAUCCUGGGAGGGCCGCAGUGCUCGGCAGGACCCAGCGCCAACGCCGGGAGCCCUCCAGGAGCAGCUCGGGGCACCUCCAUGCCCCUGCAUCUCAGGACCAGGAGCCACCAUGGGGACACUGAACUGGCCCCCGAUAGCAGGCAGCGGGCGUGCAAUGGAGGGGAACCUGGUGGGGCAUGCGAUGGGGCCCCCAGCAGCCAGACUGACAGCAGGGGCCGUCCCCAAGCCCUGGGCCAUCUCCCCAUGGUCAGAAGGGCCAAGAGUGAGGGGCAGGUGCCUUCAGAGCCGCUGGGUGGACGACGGCCCCUGGCCGGGCCCUCAGCUGCCAUGUACUUGGACGCCACAGGCGGAGACAGGCUGUGGCAGCGGCUGGAGCCAGGCAGCCAUGGUGACAGCGUGUCCUCGUCCUCUAGCCUGUCAUCCAGCGAUACAGUCAUUGACCUCUCGCUGCCGGGCCUGGGCCUGGGCCUGGGCCGUGACAGCCUCUCGGGGGCCCUAGCUGGACGCCUGCCCCUGAGGCCCUGCUCGGCUUCUGUGACCAAGAGCAAAUCUAACCCCAACCUGCGGGCUGCAGGGCAGUUACCUGCAGCCCCCGAUGAGAUUCGGCCCCGCCACCUAGCCCCUCGGCCACCCUGGGGCUGCCUCCCGCUGGAAGGACUCCAGGACUGCCCCAUGGCCACCAAGUCCAAGAGCCUGGGGGACCUGACUGCCGAGGACUUCGCCCCCCGAGUUGAGAGCCUGGGCAGACGCCUGGGCCGCAGCCUGGGCCCUGCUGGGGAGGGGCCGACGGGCCGGGGCCCUCGGCGGGACCCCCUGACGGAGCAGCUGCGCUGGCUCACGGGGUUCCAGCAGGCCGGAGACAUCACGUCGCCCACCAGCCUGGGCCCCUCCGGGGAAUGGGCGGCAGGGGGCACGGGCUUUUUGAGGCGCUCCUCCUCUCGCAGCCAGAGCCGCGUGCGUGCUAUUGCCAGCCGGGCCCGGCAGGCCCAGGAGCGGCAGCAGCGGCUGCAGGGCCCGAGGGGACCCCCGGAGGAAGAACGGGGGACCCCCGAAGGCGCCUGCUCCGUGGGCCAAGAGGGCUUUGGGGAUGCGCCGGCCCCUUCCAAGAGUGCCGCCAGCCUCCUGCUCAGACUCUGACCGAGCCCCAGAGGUGGGCUGCAGCUGCCCAGCGGCUGGCGGGGUCCAUUGUUAGCUCAGGACACAGAGCAUGCUCGUCCCCAAAGCUGUGUGCCCCUUGGCACUCCUGCCCCUCCUCCUAGGGAGGAAGGGAGCCCAGCCCGCCCCUGGAGCUGGGCAGUGUUCACAAUGUUUGAAGAUAUAUACAUAGAGAGGUAUUUAAAUUUUUAGAGACAAAGUUUCUACUACAUUAAAAUGGUGCCGAGUCCUUCCCCACGUUGUUCCCCUGGUCCUUAGCUGCGUGGGUCCGUGGGGCACAUCUGCUGGCCCUGCCGUGUGCCCCAAGCCGCCCCGGCUGCGAUUGGCUUCUUUUGCUCUGUAUGGGACAUUUUAAACUCUUUGUAAAGCCCUGAACAUUCCAAUAAACACGUUUACGCCUGCUGCA